ACAAAAUCAAACUCAAUCAUAUCUGCUAUGAGCUGUCUCGCAUGGUGGACAUCAAUGUCUGGGGAGCGAAUAUCAUCACCAUGACUCAGUUCAAGGAGGUUCUGGACGGGGUGCGGCUGGCUCUGACUUCAGCACCUGUUGCCGAGAUCCAUUCUCUGCUGGAGAGUUUGGUGGAAGAGCGGAUCAUCUCGGAGGCCUACAGCAAUAGCCUGACUUUGCACGGACUUACCAGGGGGAUGACACCUGAGCGAGUUCGCAAGGAAUCAGCAUGUAAACCAGGAUCUGAUCAGAUGUAUUCUCCCGGAUCAACCACCCACCGGCACUUCAACCAAGGUCAACUCACUCAGGUGUGCCAAGAAUCUGUUGUUGAUGAACAUAACAGUGCAUGGUCCACCAGCCCACCAGUGAUGGAUCAACACCACCUGAAUCACCGGCUCUGUUCUACGCCGCUGAUAUGUGAAUACCAAAGCAGUCUAGGAUUAGAUGACGAAAUAACAGAACUGCUGAGAAGUGCAAAAUCAAUGCAGAAGCAAGUAAGUGAUAAUGAAAGAGCAAAUAAGGGGAAUUCAGAGGAUGAGAAGGAGUGGUUAGAGCAGGUAGAGGAGGCGGCUAGGAGGAUAGCCGUGCCUCUGUGGCAACACUGGGACAGAGGACAGAUGAUGUUGCUCCCCCUGGUUUCUUCUAUGACUGCUGGGUGUGAAAACACAGUGACGGAUAGUGGAGCACAAUGCAAUGGGUUGAACAUGGAUGAGGAAACAGAACUUGCCAUUGCUUGUAGGACACUAAAUCUGUAUUCUGACAGCUUUAACUGCAUCGACACAGGACUUGCGUUGCCAAACUUCACACUGGAUAAAGAAGAAGCCGAUGACACACCAAAAGGUCUCUCUUUCCCUACAUAUGAGAGUGUGUUGACCAUGGGAUUGAACACGGAUCAUUUGGAUGUUGCAGGAGCAGCAAGAAAUGGCUCGCCUGUUGAGGCCUGUGCAGCAACAGACACGAACAACAACACAUGGAUGACGGACAAAACAACAGACACGAGUGAGGACCUGCUCAGUUUGAUGGGAGACACAGUACUGUAUGGCUCUCCAGGAUUUACAGAUGACAAUGCACAUUUAUUUUCUUCUUGUACACUAAAUGACAUUUGCGGCAACACACAAGAUAACUCAUUAUAUUCCAACACGGACGAUGGAGAAAAUGUUUUCUGGGCUCCUUACGGUACAAAAACGUGCAGCACUGAUGCAGUGGAUUCACAAUGGGGUGCCAACAUGCAGCAAGUGGAUGAAGACCCAUUCAUGUGUCCUGGCUUUGGAGAAUUACCAGCAGGUGGCAAGAUGCAGGAAUUGGAUCAGGUCCUGUUUAACUACCCUGAGUUUGACAGUCUACUAGAUCUAUGCUUAGGUGAAGAUUGCCUCAAGACAAUAGAUCCAGAUGUGCUCCUUGGCGACCCAUGGUUUAACUGUGAGGAGGAACUCACCUGCAGUGACAUUCCCAUGCCAACAGAGUUACCCAGCCCAGACAGCAACCAGCAGGGACAAGAGGACAAACUAACGGGCGAAAUAAAUAACAGAAGGAAAAGAACCAGAGCUUCACGUUCAAAACAGUGCACUAAUGAGAACACGCCAUCUGGGCCAAAAAGGCAAAGAACAGCAGGUCGACCAAAACCCAAAGAGCGACAGGCUGAGCCAGUUAUCAGCCAACGAACUGAUUCAGGAUCAGAGCCAAGUCCAGCAGAGGGAGCGAGCCUGCCCACCACUCCACAAAGAAUCUUUCAUCUUCCUCCCUCCAUUCAGUUUAUUACCAUUCCAGAGACUACAGGAUAUAAGGUUGUUCAGACACUGAGGCUCUCACCUCCGGUUAUUGGCCUCCCACUCCCCAAUUCAGCUGCUUCACCUACUUAUAUAUUCGUUCCUGCUCCCUCACCAUCCUGCAAACGUCAAAUGCCUCCCCUCUCCCCAGUGGACGGUGCAGUAGUGCCAGUUCAAGCCAGCUCAUCCCCACCAGGAUCUCUGUCAGACACUGCUAGCAAAGCCAUGUCUCCCCCCCUUUGUACCUCACCCGUCUCCCCCAGCAAUGUGAUGUCUGCAUGUAAGGAAUCGCCUCUUCCUCAGUCUCCCACUGUCCCUGAUAUUCCACAAGCGGUAAAGGACUACAUACAGGAAGCCAAAGCACGUAUGUGUCAGGAUUUGGAGGCAAAUCUUAGCCUGACCUCUCAUCACGUCGAUGUGCAAGUGAGCCAGAGAGACAUAGUUCGCACUGCAAAACCCACAAACAAAGUCCUGGACAAAGAGCUAGUUAUUAUGGGAGAUACAGAUCGGCAAAAGAGCUUGUUGCGACCAAGCCAGAUCUUCGAAGGCUCAAAUGGAGACAAACUCAAACGCUACAUAUUGCUACUUGGCAAUGCUGGCAUGGGAAAGACUACCCUGAUCAGGAAGCUGUGUCUUGACUGGUCCAGAGACUGCAUUCCGCAGUUUGACUUUGUCUUCCUAUUAGACGGCAAAGCACUCACAUUAACAGAGUCGACCUUUAGCCUUCAGUCCCUCCUAUUAAACGUCUCCUCCUUUGUUCCUCCCUGUUUGGAUCCAGAGGCAGUGUUCGCUCAAAUCCUUGCAGCCCCUAAGCGUGUGCUCAUCAUUUUUGAUGGGUUUGAUGAGUUGCGUGACUAUGAAUCUCUACUCCAAACUCAAGAAAAAGACUUGACGACAUCAUUGCAGAGAGACAGCAAAGCACAGACAUACACAGUAAGACAGUUAUACUCUGCCAUCCUUCAGAGGAUCCUCCUUCCAGGUUGCACUCUUUUACUUUCUACCAGACCAAAAGGUACUGCCAGCCAGCUACUCCGGCGGACGGACAGCUUUUUGGAGAUGUGUGGCUUCACCCCGACAGACAUAGAGACAUAUCUGUCCCAGUACGUCACAGAUCCUGCCCUCAGAGCAUCUGCUUUGGACUGCCUAAAAAACUGCAGCUACCUACAUCUCCUGUGCUGGAACCCUGGACUAUGUCAGUUGGUCUGCUGGCUUUUACAAGAGUCCAAAGGUUUGGAGGUCCUACCGAGAACUUUAACCGGGCUCUGCCAUCAAGUGCUUCGUCUGAAAAUGGAAAUGGACAGUAAAACCACACACUCAGAGGCUGAACCUCAAACGGAAAUACCCGUGCAAUCUGGAGAAGAGACCCAGACACAAAUCUCAAGUAGUUCUAAAGUGAAGAGGUGUCAAAGAAAUACUCGGACAAAGUCCAGUUCACAGGUUCACACUCGUCCCCAAAGAGCAAGGAGGACCAAAAAACAGGAGAAAGAGGAAGAUGAAGUGGACCAAGAGGAGAUGGAGAGUGGUAGUGAGGAAGUAGAUAGAACACAGCAGAGAGAGUUGCUGUCCCAGCUGAGUUCUUUGGCCUGGGAGUGUGUCAAAGCAAACUCCUCCAUCCUCCCGACAGGGCGGCUCACAUCUGCCAAACUCAAGGAAUUUGGCUACAGGACAGGGCUUUUUACCUCCUACCACCUGAGGAGGCAAGUUGUCUCCAGUGGUGAGACAAAGGGAGGAGGAAGAGGGGACAAAGAGGACAUUAGAAGAGAAGUGAAAGAAGACAGUGGAAACGCCUAUGCUGGCGAUGACAACAUCAUGUUGUGGGCCAACCCUUUUCUUCAGAGUUACUUGGCAGGGGUCCAUUUGUCUUUGUCAAGGACUGUUUCAGAUCGCACCUUCCUUCAGACCCUUCCUUUCCAGUCAGGUCCAAAGGCACGUCGGCGUCCUCAAAGGGAAGAGCUUGAGCUCACUCAACGAUUUGCAGUCGGGCUUCUUUUCCACGACAGGAGAGAGCUGAAGAGGCUUCACUCACACACAGCGACUGCCUUUAGAGACAUGGUGGUCGGCAAGCAGGCUUUAGUAACAAAGCACCUUGAAGGUCUUUUGUACGGUGACCUAAGCCCUGCCCAGGUCCUGGAGGCUUGUCACUAUGUUUAUGAGGCAAGUUCAACACAUGGUGAUGGUAGCAGAGACAGUGGCAGCACAGAGCUAGUUGGUCACCUGGCAUCAAAUCUCCCAGAAGUCCUCACAUUUCGUGGAGUUCCACUAAACCCAGCGGACGUUUUCGCUGUGCAGAACGUUCUUGAAAGGGGUGGAACUGAGGGUAGAAGUUUUUGUUUGGAUCUGGAGGAUUCUGGGAUACAGAUCUCUGGACUCAGAGCUUUGGUGGGACUCAACAACCUGAAUACAUACAGGGCAUGCAUUGCUGAUGUCAUCUCCUUAUGGGAGCAGCUGGAGCAAGGUGAUGACGAAGGACUCCGACAACGGGCGGUAUCCAAACUCAAGAUUCACCCCCUAAAAGCCACACAGAUGUGUCACAUAGAGCACCUGGCAAAGCUGGUCAACAUCCAUACGCAAAAGAGGCUGUCAGACAGUCCCAGCCAAUUAGAUUCCAUCUUGGCAGAGGGAGUACCAGCUGUCAAAGAGCUGCACAAGCUGGAGUUUGAGCUUGGUCCAGAGAAUGGUCCCCUUGCUCUCCCAAUGCUGUGGGAACUCCUGCCAGGCCUACACAACCUACAGCACUUAGAUCUAGAGAAUAGUAAGAUAGGGGACAAAGGAGCAGAGAAGUUGGCUGAUGCUUUAGUCUCACUCUGUUUCCUGGAGGUACUCAAUCUGUCACAGAAUUGCAUAGGAAACGAGGGGGUGAAAAAACUGGCAACCACGCUGAAGGGUCUGCCCAAACUGCACUGUUUAAGCCUUUACAGUAAUGUGAUUUCUGACGAAGGGGCAGAGAGUUUAGCAGAUGUCCUGCCACAUGUGGCUUCCCUCACUGAUCUUGACGUGAAGUAUAACAAGCUCACAGAUGUUGGAGCACAGAGCCUGGGAGUCAGUCUGAGAAACUGUAAAAGAAUGAAAACUUUGAGGAUGUGGAACCAGUGUAUUCCAUACGGAGUGUUCGAGAGACUUCAGCAACAGGACAAUCGGAUUCUUUGCCAUUAAAAAUAAGAAUCCUCUCAAUACAAAGCUAUGAGCUUUUUUUUUCUCAUGCAUAUGUUUACACUACACAAUGCAUUAUCUGAAGCAUGUAUGCUUGACCUACAUCGGUUAACAAGAAGCAAAGAGAGAGUGAGCACUAAAACAAAACAAACUGUAUUCCUCUGUUUGGCAGCUUGAUUUCAAAGAUUCCAGGCAGGGCUACAAGGAAGUAAUAAAUCCUUCAGAGCCAUGCAGGGUGUGUGUGUGUGUGUGUGUAAAGACGUGUGGUUUUGUUUGAUAGAAAUUCAAGAAGCAUAUUUGCACUAUGAUAUUUCUCAUGAUGCUGGCUAGUUUUUAUACUCUGUGCCAUUCUUAGAUUUUGUUCCUGUUUUUUUUUUUUUUCGCAAACAGUAUUUUUGUGUGUUCUUCUUUUCUACAUGAGCUGUACAUUAUAGAUGGAUUAAAAAUUGUCCUGCACUUUAAUGUAAACAAAAUCAUUUUCAACUGGUUUGUGCCGUCAUUUCCCGUGUUCUUUUGAAUUCAUUGGUGUAUUAUGAACUACUUUUCACUUCCUUCUCAACAGGUUUCUGUUCUGUAUUUUGAUAAACACUGACCUUUAACAAGGUGAUGGUGUGUGUGAUUGCAUAGUCCAUUGCAUUAUUUUACUUGCUUUAAUCGGAAUUUUUCUGACUGUACAGAGCGGGGGACACUUUCUCGAAUUUUGACGUAAUGGUAAAAUAAGUGGGAGUACAUAAAGUACUAUACUAUAAAUAUUCUUGAUCUUGACUAUUCUCUUUCUAAUCUGUAAAGUUAUGGAAAUGUAAUACUAAAUCACUUGAGUGCUGCUUUAAAAGUAAAAAAAAAUAAACGUCAGGUCAAGUAAGAACUCAAUCAGAUAAUCACUGGCAAACCUCUGAGCCGCUACCCACAUCAUGACAUUUGUUUAUCAAUUAAAAUCAGUCUGUUUGUUUGACUUCAAAACUC